UCAAGCAGCGCGCCGAGGAAGCAUCGCGGCCCGCUGCGCCUUCCGAGCUCGACCCGUCGCCGCUCAUGAAGCCCUUCGCCAGGUUGCCCAGGUUUGCCCUCUCCAUCGGCUUCCAUUCUACUCGGGGGCUCUGACCGCUCGACCGGAAUUGGCCAACGUCUCGUUGGGUCAACGUCACGCAUUCCACGGAAGAAGCCUGCUAGUGAGGAGGACAACAACAACAACAACAACAACAACAACAACAUAGCAGCAUGACUUCAUCAGAGGAAGGCGCUUGUGUGUUGAGGGGCAGUUUAGGCAGGAGACCCUUUUGGACACUUUCCUACAUUUCCCCAUUUUGCAAAGGGAAGUCCGAGAGCAAACCAUCGCAUCUGAUCCAGGGGCGGCGUGAUGUCCAAGGCGUGGCGCGCCGCCCGGUGGCUGCUGCUGCUGUACGCGUCCGUGCCCUUCAUCGUCAAGCUGUGUCCGUCCAUUCAGGCCAAACUCGUCUUCCUCAACUUCGUGCAGUUGCCCUUCUUCCUGGACCUCAAGCGACCUUCGGACGCCGGCCUCAACCACACGCUCAACUUCUACCUGCGGCCGGAACGGACGCUCAGCAUUGGCGUGUGGCACACAGUUCCUUCAGACAUGUGGAGAGAAGCUGAAGGCAAACCCGAAGAAUGGUUUGAAUCCACACUAAGCUCCGCCCACCCAGCCGUCCUCUAUCUCCAUGGAAACACAGGGACCAGAGGCGGCGACCACAGAGUUCAACUGUACAAGGUCCUCAGCUCGUCGGGCUACCACGUGCUCGCGUUUGAUUACCGAGGCUGGGGCGAUUCUCAGGGCUCGCCGUCGGAGAGCGGGAUGACGUCGGACGCGCUGUUCGUGUACGAAUGGCUGAAGAAGAGGCGGGGCGGAGGUCGAGUGUACAUCUGGGGUCAUUCGCUGGGAACGGGCGUGGCCACCAACCUGGUCAGACAGCUGUGUGACGGAGGAAGUCCUCCUGACGCUCUGAUCCUGGAGAGUCCUUUCACCAACAUCAGAGAGGAGGCCAGGAGUCACCCCUUCGCCGCGGUAACGGCCACGUCACGCCCACGACACGCCACCCUCGUCGCGCGCCCGUCACGUGACCGCCCGCCUUGUUGUUGGCAGGUGUACAGACACCUGCCUGGUUUUGAUUGGUUCUUCCUGGACGCCAUCGCCGCCAACGACAUCCGCUUCGCCAACGACGACAACGUGAAUCACAUCUCGUGCCCCGUGUUGAUCCUUCACGCCGAGGACGACCACGUGGUUCCGUUCCACCUGGGCAAGGAGGUAGGUGUGGCGGACAGCCCGUCGGAGGAGAGCGGGGUCGCGAGUCCCGAGUCACGCCGCCUGUCGCGUGUCCCUCAGCUGUACGAGGUGGCGGCGCGCUCCGAGAGCCUCGGCGGUCACAAAGUUGAGUUUGUGGCCUUCCCCUCGUCGCUGGCCUACAGGCACAAGUUCAUCUACAGGAGCCCCCGGCUGCCCGCCAUCCUCAGCGAUUUCCUGGGCACGCCUCGUCCCAGCAAAGAGUGAUGCCACGGAUGACGACUCUACGACGACUUUGUUUUCAUGUGAUGAUUUUUUCCUGCUCGUAUUAAGACUGUUACACGUGAAUGACCAAUAAACUAUUUAUGCUUUUAAAUCAAA